AUGAGUUCUCUAACGGUUAUUCUGUAUCUGGCAGCGUUCCUCGACUCAAGCGUUCCGCAGCGUUUGAAAGAUCUAGCCUUUCCGCAGGAUGACCUCGAGGAAGCUGUUGAGUCGGUUUUGAGCGAAUACUUUGUAUCAAAUCAUUCCGCCGUGAUUAUUCUUCGAUCGGCCCGAACCGGAUUCGACCUGGAACAACUUCAUUCGGAUAUCCUCGACCGGGUGAUGGCCCAAACGUCAACCUCGAUUGCCUUCAUGUUCCCCACAACAUCGGGCCUGUCUCAACGACCUUGCUUCUACAAUCUUCUGCUCAUCGACGGAUACUUGGCGUUCCAAACGGUGAUUAAACAGAUCGAUCCAGAUCGGAACGAGUUCGGCGGACGGUUCCUGUUCGUGAUGACUAGCGCGGAUCGCGUCGAGAAGGUGACUCUGCAUUCCAUGUUCUCAACGCUUUGGUCCAACAACAUUGUCAACGUGCUCGUGAUAACGAAGCAGUACGGCGAGAUUCUGAUGUACUCGUACUUUCCAUAUAGCGCUGAUCACUGCGAGUACACUGAACCUGUGCUGGUGGAUCGUUGGGAUAGUGGUUGGGACAAUAUAAACCUGUUUCCAAACAAGUUGGCAAAUCUGUACGGAUGUCCUAUGAGGAUAGCUAGCUUCGACUACCCACCAUUUACCAUGAUAGCGAGGAAUUCAUGCUCUGGGGAACUUCGUUUAAUUGGAUAUGAGGGUUUUUUGAUCGAUACGAUUGCGCGCAAGUUCAACUUCUCCGUGGAAUUGGUGGUUCCGGAAGGUAACCCGCAAUGGGGAGUCAUAGAGAACAACACAGCUUUGUCCGGUGCGUUCAAAAUGAUCGUAAAUUUGGAGGUCAACCUGUCCGUCGGUGGAUAUUCAGUGAGAGAAGAACGCGUUGCUCUGAUGGAGCCGUCUGUUACUUACCACGUUGUGAGUCUUAUGCUUGCCGUCCCUCCCGGACGUCCAUACACGGCCUUCGAGAAACUGUUCCGGCCCUUUACCUUGAUUACUUGGCUUAUGAUUGCUCUGUACCUUCUACUUGGCUGUCUUUGCAUCGUCGUGCUACGAUUCUAUCCAAACAGUAUACGGAACUUUACCUACGGUAGAAGAACCGGGAGCCCGUUGAUAAACAUGCUCAAUUCGUUCUUUGGCGGAGCCCUGGUUCGUACGCCAGCUAGGAACUUCGCCAGAACCCUGUUGUUUAUGUGGAUGUACUACUCGUUCGUAAUGCGUUCGCUCUACACCGGAUCUCUCUACGAGUUCCUCCAGCAGAACAAAACCUUCAGCCACAUCAGCUCAAUCGAACAUCUGGAGUCCGAGGGAAUCCCGUAUCUCAUCUCGGACACGUUCAAGGCGUUUCUCACCGCGUACCCUCAAGUUCUGAGGCGAACCCAACCCCUCGAAGACAAUCCACCUGCUGAAAUCUUUCACAAUCUCAAACGUGGUCGGCUGAACGCCGCAGUGCUCGCAACGCACGACUAUAUCGCGUGGUACAACGAGAGGUACUUCCGGGAAGGAGUUGUCCACCUGGCGGAUGAUGUUCUUCUUCAGCAACCGAUCUGCCUGUACUUCCCCAAGCGGAACUGCCUGACGCAUCCGGUGAAUCUUCAAAUCGAAAACAUCAAGGUGUCCGGACUGCUCGGCUAUUGGAUGCACCAGUACGUGGGAUAUCGGUUCUACAAGAGGACCAAGCGGACCCAGAAAGCCCCUAACCACCAGCACUCGCCGAAAGUACUGACAAACGAACAUCUCGCGGGCUGUUAUCAAGCCUUGGUUUGGUUACUCGCGCUAUCCGCAGGGAUAUUCGCACUGGAACUUGCUUCCACGAGAUUUCACUGGCUCAGAAUGGUCUUUGAACGCAUUGAGUAA